UAAGCACAGCACACUAGACUCACGCUACUGAGACACGCUAGCAACAGUAGAGCCUCUGAAUCCGCUCUGCCCCAAUCACACACUGGCUAACAGAUCACUUCACACACACAGCCCUUCCUUCUCCUCCUCCUCAUCCUCCUCUCUCUCUCUUUCACUCACUCGCCCUCGUUCUCUUGCUCUGAACACUUCCUUUGGUAGCGGAGGAGUGUGUGACUGCAUGUGUAUCUGUCCAGUGCAGGGAUAGCAGCGGAGCGAGAGAUAGAUAGAGACAGAGAGAAAGAGACAGAAUGCCAGCAGAGUGACAGCACUCGGUAACAGGACAGAGAGAGAAGAGAGAGGACCUUGAGACUACGACUAACUUGUAUCAAUGUGAAGAGGUCUCAGAGAUCCAACGACAAGGUCAGAAACAGACACAAGACCGGGACCAAGGCGUGAAGAAGAGAAUAGAUUCUGAGUGUGUGAUAGAGAGCAAGGAGCAUCAGACACCAGUGGACAUCGUCUUUCCAGACCAAGGCCUUCUGAGAUUGCAGAAACAACAAGGUUCAGAGUAAAGAAAGAUCCACAGCCUUCUGACUCCACCUCACAGCCUCACCCUAACUGGCAGCACAGAAGUCCCUUCACUCGCCACUGUCAGCUGUAUGGAUACCCCCAGCUGGGCAGAAACCAAACCAGGAAGUGGCUUGUGUAAGGAGCAGGGAACCAUUGCUCUCUUUGGCAACGUGGUGUACAGCGGCCUGCUCAACGAGCACAUCUGGCAUUUUGGGGUACCCCUCGUCACCAGACUGGGUAACCAAGUGGCACCAGCCCCCCCUGAAGCGAUGGCCCAGCCCUACCCACCAGCCCAGUACCCCCCUCCCCCCCAGAACGGCAUCCCAGCAGAGUACACCGCCCCCCACCCUCCUCACCCCCACCCGCCGGCAGACUACACGGGGCAGAGCGCAGUGGCUGAGCACGCCCUAACGCUGUACGCAGCCACACAGACACACAGCGAACAGCCCGGCAACGAGAACAACACACCCACCCUCAGCGCCACAACAGUAUCGCAGGCAGACGAGGUUGCGCAGACGGAGGGCUCUCAGCAGCUCCACCUGCAGCAGUGUGAUUCGUCAGAGAAGCAGCAACCCAAACGGUUACACGUCUCCAACAUCCCUUUCCGCUUCAGAGACCCAGACCUCAGGCAAAUGUUUGGGCAAUUUGGGAAGAUUUUAGACGUGGAGAUUAUUUUUAACGAGCGAGGCUCCAAGGGUUUUGGGUUUGUAACAUUUGAAACGAGUGCAGAUGCGGACCGUGCGCGGGAGAAACUAAAUGGUACAAUCGUAGAGGGACGCAAAAUAGAGGUCAACAACGCAACAGCAAGAGUAAUGACAAACAAAAAGGUGUCAAACCCUUACACAAACGGCUGGAAGCUGAACCCCAUGGUGGGAGCUGUCUAUGGUCCUGAAUUGUAUGCAGUGGCAGGUUUUCCCUACCCUAGUACAGGAGCGACGGUAGCCUAUCGCGGCGCUCAUUUCAGAGGGAGGGGGCGGGCCGUCUACAACACAUUCCGCGCCGCGCCCCCACCCCCACCCAUCCCUGCCUACGGAGCUGUUGUUUACCAGGACGGCUUCUAUGGUGCAGAAAUAUACGGAGGUUAUGCAGCAUACAGAUACACCCAGCCAGCAGCCACGGCUGCAGCCGCAUACAGCGACAGUUACGGGAGAGUCUAUGCAACAGCGGACCCAUAUCACCACACGAUUGGUCCUGCGGCCACGUACAGUGUGGGUACAAUGGCUAGCCUAUACAGAGGAGGUUGCAGUCGCUUCACUCCCUACUAGAGAGAGAGAGGGGGACAAACGCCUCCUUCCUUCUGCCCCCCAGCAAAACAAACUAACAAACAAACAAAAACAACUAUCAAACUAAACGCCCCCUUCCUCGUGGAAAACUAAAACUAGAACAAAACACUUCCAGGUCCAAAAAACACAUGAACCCCUUGUCAAGAAUCUCUCAAAUUGAUGUCUCAUUUUAAGAGUUGUAUUUGACUAUAUGCAUUGUCUUUCAUUGCUGUACUGUAAAUUAUGCUAUUUUUUAUUUCCUGUAUUUCUCUGGGUUGAGAUUGAUGGUUUAUUGAAUGUAAGAAAGCACGUGGUGCA